CGGCCGCUGAAACCGACAAUGGCUGCCACGCUGAAAGUCGUGGAGCGCCGCCGUCGCGCGCCGUCGAGCCCAAUCCGUGUCCAAGCGCCCGUGACACCCGGCCCGGAUGCCCUUCUCGGGCAGUGGCACAAGGCAGCGAUCGCCAUGUAUGACAUUCGUCGCUCCCUCGAGGUCCCCCCCGAGUCGCAGGAUCCGUUGGGGGGACAACUUGCACUGGGCUUGCUCGAGAUGCCCCUCGAGAGCGACGACUCGAUCAUUGCGAUGAACAAACGACUGAUUCAAGAGCGCAAUGCCCUCAUGCAGCAAAAAGAGAUGUGGCAAGUCGAGCUACAAGGGCAGCAUGACAGUCUUCAAGAGGUACUCCUCGCCACGCGACAGCUCAAGCUCAAGCUGCAAGCGCAAGCAACCCUCGAUGGACUGAGCGCUUGAAACGAAUGCCUCUGCUCAUGCCUCUGCUCAUGGCCUCUGCUAUUACUUCUGACAUGCCUCUCGUCGAGCUUGCGAAGCCAUCAUAUAUAAGGUUAGAGGAGGGAAAGGCUA